AUGGGAGCACCGAUUGUGUCUUCCUACAACGAUCGGAUCAGGCCGUUGCUCGACACUGUUGACAGGUUAAGGAAUCUCAAUGUGAUGAGAGAAGGGAUCCAGCUUCCGACUAUUGUUGUUGUGGGAGACCAGUCCUCGGGGAAGUCAAGUGUUCUUGAGUCUCUAGCAGGAAUCAGUUAUGAUGUGAGUAUUGGACUUGGUUAUGUCUGCGUGCGAAACCGUAUCGGAGAAGAGACCUAUGAAGAAGCUAGGAUGCAAGAGGAGUCGCUGUUCAGGACUCAUACAAUGUUAUGCUUGAUCGAUGAUGACAUUGUUGGCAUCCCUUUUUUGGCUCAGAAGCUAAUGCUUAUCCAGACAACCAUGAUCUCCCGCUGUUUGCCUGAGAUUGUCCGCAAAAUCAAUCUCAAGAUCGAAACCGCUAUGUUAGAGUUGAACAAGCUUCCGAUGGUAAUGGCUUCUACAGGGGAAGCACCCAUGGCUUUGUUGGACAUCAUUGGCUCUGCAAAGGAAUCCUUGUCCAAGGAGACUUCUCUGAGUUCCCAGAUGAUCGCUGAAGAAGAAUCACAUAGUUUGCUAAUAAACGGACUGGGGAUAACUGAAAUUAGGGUUUUCAAUCAGAAUAAUGAAUACUUGAGGAAGCACGUGAGCGUUGCAUGGGUAAUUACCGUCCCUCCGCUUAUGGUCUGA